AUGGCCAAUCGUGAGGGCUUCCAGCCGCUUAUUACGAGGGGCCGGACAGUCGAGCGCCGGCCGAAGCGCAGCUCGUCACUGUUCUCGUGUUUCCCCAAUAAAAAGACGAUUAGGCAGUGGGAAAAGGAGGACCUUUUGGCACGGGUUCAGCGAAAUUCUGACCGUCGUUGUUUUACCCUUCCCCCGGCCCUUUCACGCAACUCCACCACCAUCGACCUGGACGAUGUCUCACUGCCGAUGACGUCGAUCGCCACCGCGGACGAAACUGGACCACGUCAUCGCACAUGGAAAUUAACGCCGUUCACACCGCUUCGACAUCGCCGUGGUAAACGCGUGCGGACACAGGCCGAAACUAACCAAAGCUUUCUGCGCGCCGCCAGAUCAGGAAAUAUAGGAAAGAUCACGGAAUUUCUCAACACAAAUGUUGAAAUUAACGCCGUCAGUUCGAAUGGAUUGAAUGCGCUGCACCUGGCCUCAAAGGAAGGCCACCUGGCGGUGGUGCGUCUCCUGCUGGAUCACCACGCGGCCAUCGACGCGAAGACAAACCGCGGCAACACUGCCCUCCACAUAGCCAGUCUUGCGGGGCGAACAGACAUCGUCAAGCUCCUUGUCGAACGCGGUGCCGACGUCAACGCCAGAUCACAGAAUGGAUUCACACCGCUGUACAUGUCUUCUCAAGAAAAUCACGCCGACAUUGUUGAGUACCUCUUGAAUCAUGGAGCAGACCAAGCCCUGGCAACAGACGACGGGUUCACGCCGUUAGCGGUGGCGCUCCAACUCUGCCACGACGGUGUGGUGUCGCUGUUGCUGGAGCGAGACGCCGGGGGAAAGGGUCGUCUGCCAGCGCUGCACGUCGCCGCCAAGAAGGACGACGUCCACGCCGUCUCGUUGCUUCUCGCAAACAACGACAUCAACGUCAACCAUGCCUCUACGCGUGGUUUUACCCCACUCCACGUCGCCGCACGCUACGGAAAUCUGAAAGUGGCCAGACUUCUCCUCAGCAACGGAGCCGACGUCAAUUACUGCGCGAAGGACAAUAUUACACCACUUCACCUGGCCACAAAGUGGGGCAAAAGCGAGAUGACUCAGCUCCUGAUCGAUAAAGGGGCUCAGUUGGAUGCGAGAACGAGGGACGGACUCACACCCAUGCACACAGCCGCACGUUCUGGACACACAAACGUCGUGCAAGUCCUCAUCAACGCUGGCGCCUGCAUCACAGCCAAGACGAGGAAUGGCCUCUCGCCUCUUCACAUGGCCGCCCAAAGCGAUCACGCGGACACAGCGAGACUCCUGUUGAAGAGGGGAUCGCCACCAGACGACGUAACCAUGGACUACCUAACACCUCUGCAUAUCGCCGCGCACUGCGGCAACACGAAAGUGGCCUUGGUUCUUCUUGACCACCACUGCGAUCCAAAUAUUCGAGCUUUUAACGGUUUCACUCCUCUUCACGUGGCCUGCAAGAAGAUGAACGUGAAGGUGGUGGAGGUUCUUCUCAAGAAAGGCGCCACCGUCGACGCGUCGACCCAGGCCGGUCUAACACCUCUGCACACGGCGGCGUUCGUCGGUUGCUCGGAGGCCGCUAGUCUUCUCCUUCAGCGCGGUGCCAAUGUGGAUCAGACCACGAUGCGUGGAGAGACGCCGUUGCAUUUCGCAGUUCGUGGACGCCAUGUCGAAACUAUCAAGGUCCUGCUCAAGCACUCGGCUUCAAUUGACGCCAAAACCAUGGAAAACGCAACACCCCUCCACAUAGCCUUGCGACUGAGGGAUCCAGAAAUUGUGAAGUUACUGGUACACGCGAAAGCGGACGUCAAGUCGGAAGCCAGGGGCAGACACCAGCCGAUCCACCUCGCCGCUAAAGUCGGCGACGUCGACAUUAUUCGACUUCUGAUCGAUAACGGCUCUGAAGUCAACGCCAAGACAAAGCGGGGCUACACAGCCCUCCACAUAGCCGCCAAGUACGGUCGAAUCGAUGCGAUGAAAUUCCUCCUGGAAGAAGCUAAAGCCAAUGUAAACGCCGCAGCCAGAAACGGACUCACACCGCUCCACGUUGCUGUUCACUACGGCUACGCAGAGGCGGUCGACUUGCUGAUAUCGCACGGCGCAGAAGUAACAGCGACUUGUAAGAAUGGCUUCACACCUCUUCACAUAGCAGCGAAAAUGAAGACCGCGGAAAUAGCUAGCAGUUUGCUCAAGGCCAAGGCAAAUGUCGACGCCGUCUCACAAAACGGCUACUCACCUCUACACCUCGCAGCUCUGGAAGGUGACAUAUCGAUCGUCAGAACCCUAGUGGACGAUUACGCGGCUCAGGUGUCCCUUAGCGCUGAUGACGGCUUGACUCCGCUGCACUUGGCUGCACAGGCCGAUCGCGCCGACGUCGUCGAGUUCCUGCUUGACCGUGGCGCGAACCAGGCGCUGCAGACGAGAAAUGGCUACACGCCACUGCACGAAGCCGCAUACCGGGGAAACGCAGCUAUUGUCAAAUUGCUGCUUGAUCAGCCGAACAAAAUGGACGUUGUCAACAGUCGAACCAUCAUGGGCUGCACACCGCUUCACCUCGCUGCCCAACAAGGCCACUCGCAGAUUGUGGAUAUGCUCGUGAGCGCUGGAGGCGAUCCGAACAGUCGAACAAUGCAAGGAUGGACGGCGGCGCAGGUAGCCCGGCGCCAGCACUACUUGAACAUCUUCGAGAGCCUUUCGCACGUUACCACGGUCGUGUCGGACUGGGAUUCGCCUAGCCUUGACGGAGCCAGCGCCGAUGGACUGUCGCAAGGCGAUCCCUCGCUUGUCGACGGUUCCAUGGUUCUUGACUCACCCACCCAGAUGCUCAGCCGUGUUGCCAUUGAAAGCGAGGAUGAAAGUGAUCAGCUUGUUUCCACUCCCGUCCUCAUGCGCCACCAGCCCCGAGGACAAAGAAAAGUGUCUGCCGGUGACCUAUCCCUGUUCAAGUCACCUUCGUUUGAUCUGCUUUGCGAACAGAUGGAGUAUACUCGUGCACAGAAAGGGGAGCCAAAGAUCCGAAUCAGUGCUCUUGAUAAUACAAUGGAAGAACAGACACGCGUCUCCGAGCUCAUGGCAGCGUCAACGAUGUCCAUGGGGAAGUCAGACGUCGAAAUGUCGGCAGUGACCCCAGCUGACUCCAGCGAAUGGGAGGGCUUCGAGGCAGAACCCAUUCAGGCGAUUUGCAAACCAGUAAAGGCGGGCUUCCUCGUGUCAUUCCUUGUUGAUGCGCGGGGAGGAUUAGUUGAGGCUCAGCGUCGACCAGACCUUCGAUUCCUUAUUCCGCCCCACGCCAUUUCCAGUCCUACUCGGAUCAUCUGUCGACUUUUGAGGCCAGAUCGCGUAUCUCGACUUCCCCACCUAAACGACGGCGAUGCGUUUGCUUGCAGAAUUAUUGAAAUGUCACCGAGUAAUGUACGCUUCGACGGACCCAUCCUCCUCGAGGUCCCGCAUUUCGCUUCAAUCCAGGGCCGUGAUCGGGAAGUCAUCACACUUCGAUGUGACCAUGGCGAUUCCUGGAAGUCCCACCCACUUGAAGCCACAGACCAGUCAGUGCGCGAUGCUCUGGGAUCGGCAUUCGGUCAAAUUGAGCCACUAAAUGCAGUGCGUGAACGCCGAAUCCAAAGGAUUCUAACGUCUGACGUGCCGCAAUUCUUCGCACUUAUUUCGCGCUUCCGACAGGAAAUUUCGUUAGUUGGACCCGACGGAGGUGUCCUCACAUCCACUGUUGCUCCAAAAGUCCAGGCCGUUUUCCCCAAAGGCGCUCUUCAGAAGAGAAUCAAAGUUGGCCUACAGGCACAGGUGAUUCAGCAAAGUGUUGCCAACAAGGUAGCUGGAAGUCGAGUCUUCUUCUCUCCCGUGGUGACCCUGGAACCACGUCGCCGCAAGUUCCACAAGCCGAUCACCGUCACCAUCCCGUUGCCCCGGCAACCACCCAAGGGGACGCACAAGUCGGAGCCGUUGCCACUGAGUCUCCAUCUGCUCUGUUCCAUCACCGCCGGAUGCACUCCGGCCACUUGGGAGGACAUCACUGGAUCUACAGCAAUGACCCGCCACAAGGACUGCAUUUCCUUCACAACCACCGUCUCCGCUAGACUUUGGCUUGUCGAUGCUCCUGGAGUCGACGACGUUGCAGAACUGGCAAGCAGAGUCUAUCGAGAGAGCAUUAUCCCACCCUAUGUCGGCAGGUUUGCGGUCUACGCUCGUCUGCCCGAAGAUCGCCAGGCGAUGGAGGCGAAUGAGGCUGCUGCCGCCGCAACCGCUACAACUGACGCGUCAACGUCGGGCACUGCGGUGAGCUCUCGUUUCCGACGGAAAGUUUUCCACCCUGCAGACGCGGAACUCCGCUGCGUCUGCCUCAUCGACGAUGUGCCCGAGAAGACACUUGAACAGCAGGAGAAGUUCCAGUUAGUGGCGAUUGGCCCACCAACUGAGGUUAUUGACUCAAAGGCCUAUUGGUUAGAGACGGUGGGAGACAUCUCAUCGUAUCCGGCGCACGCGGGUCAGCUUAGUUUGGACGUGCAGGCCUUCCAAGAAAACCGUUUGACCUAUCCGGUGCGAGUGCGUCAGCCGGCCGGCACAGUAGCACCGCCCGUGGGUUACUUUCGUGUCCACUGUGAACCUCGUGGGACCUCAGCUACCCCGGGCGAGAUCAACGAAGCAGGCGUCAGCGCUCAACAGCCAAUCACAGCGCUCGAAAUCAGGAUGCCUGGAGAUAAGAUUGAGGGUCGCUGGCUAGACGCUGCGACCACGGAGGAGGUAUUAACAGAAGCGAUGCAACCGAAAUUGGACAUUAGAGGAAUCUCCCUCCGCGUUGGCAACCGUUGGGUGAAACUUGCUGAGGCGCUUGGCUUGUCGUCGGAAGACAUCACCAUGGUGGCGCAGGAGCCGAUUGCUCCCACCUGGACUGACUCCCAAGCCGAUAGGGAGCGUUGUGAACACAUGCUUGCUCUGUGGAUGCAGCGAUGCGCGGCAACUGGAACCCCCACUGCCGAUGGAAUGGUUUCGCAACUAACUGAGGCAUUGCGUGCGAUCGACGUGGUCAUGGAGGACGUAAUGGAGACGUCAAGUGUUCAGCCGGUUACCUCCAAGGUCCUCCACAUUGACGAGGAGAUAGCCUCGGCCAAGACACCCUCGGAGGCCCAUCCCAUUCAGCUGAUUGAAGUCAUCACCAAGCAACACCAUCUGCCACCAGAAUCACAGCAGCCGACGUACGUUGCCGCACCGCCGCAGUUACCAGCGUCUUUCGUUAAUGGUGAAAUUCCAGACGAAUCAAUUGGACCAGAAUCCCCAAGUGCAGUAGCAAAGGAUGAGACGCCCCCACCUACCGCUGUUGAUGGAACACCCCGCUUGGUGCCUGGCGAGGAAGUGCCUUUCAUCACGCCGUCCAAAUUCAAAACUGCUAGUCUGGAAAGACCCCCGUCCAUGGUGGUAGGGGCUCCUGCCACGCAGGACGAUCUCAGCCUUCCGACUGAUGACAUCAAACCAGUUGUGGACGAAUUCAUUGUUGCCUCCGAGAACCUGAAACGGAAGAACCUAUUCCCGUCAGAUCGUGGAGUCUCUCACGCCGACUCCGAGGCACGACACAUCGCGGCCCAGGAACUGGCGGAGGCCCUAGGUCUGGAUUUAGACGUCGAACUGGUGUCGGUGGUCUCCCAACCCCCAGACCAAACAGACAAAUCCAUCACAGAAGAUACGAUAGAACCGGUUCAAAGCGAGCCGAAGCCGGAAUUUAGCCCGUUAUUGGCCCGUCCUGCCUCCGGUACCGUUCAAACCGCCGUCCGACCGGUUAAGCCCAUUGAGACCCUUCACAUUGAAGCCGACGACGAGUUGCGAGUUCCCUCGUUGGAACAACUAGACAGCACCGAGGACGACUUUGAGGCAGCCUACAGGGCCGCAGCAGCUAGCGACUUUCUUGCAGAUGGAACACCGUCUCCGACGGGCCUGGCCGGUCACGACGUCCAUCAAGGCCGGCCAGAAGAGGGCUUCCUCGUCGAGGAAACCGAGGAGACUCUUCCCGAUGGAACGGUCGUCAAACAACGCGUGCACACAGCCGAGACCGUACAGGCUCUUUCGGCACACGACUGGGAGGAGGCCGUUUUCAAUGCCACUUCGGCCAAAGACGGCGCCCAGUACAGCAUCGAGCCGCCUGAAGAAAGUGUUCACACUGAAGAAGUUGAGGAAACCCUUCCUGAUGGCACAGUGGUUAAGAAGCGCAUAACCACACAACGCAUUACCGAGCGCAUCACAGAGCGGGAGGUUACCGACGAGAUAUCCGAGAAUGAGGUCUAUGCGGAUGGAGGGAUCGGCGAGUCUAAGGAAGUAGAUCAUACACAGAUUGUACCACAAAUAAGUGGGGACUACAAGUCUGUUAUCGAAACCGCGAUCGAUAGCCACGAUUCAGAAACACUUGAUGUAGUCGACCAUACCGACACAGAAAGGAAUCUGUUCAAGAAUCAGGCAACGGAGCACCCAAGUAACGACAAACGAGGUAGGACAGCUAAAGGUUACAUCAGAGCACCCGACUUCAUAACAGCUGAAGACAAGAUUUUCACAGAGUCAAUAAAAGAGGAGAUUGCGGCCGAAUUAGAAGACACACCGAAGGCAUUUGGUGCAAAAUUAAGCCAGCACAAAAUCGACGGCAGAUAUGCAGCAGAACAAGAAAGCAACCACAACGAAGAAUUAACCAUGGAGAGACCGAUUGCUAAAUUGCUGCCUGAAAUAACGCACGAGGAAAAUCAAAAGGAAGAAAUAGAUGGAGGUUCACAAGAAGAGGAUUACGCAAAAGAAGGCCAAAAAAUAACUGCAAAACACGAAGUCCACAUACUAAAGCAAGAUGAUAAAACAGAAAAAGUAAAGCUUAAAGUCGAGACACAUGAUGUCGAAGGAAGAGACAUAAUGAGAAAAGUAAAAGACAGUUUGAAAAAAGAGGUGGAGAAGGAGGCGUUUGAGGAUGAGGAGAAGGCGGAGGAGAAGAAAGCGGAGGAAUUGGCGGCAAUGCCUGUAGAGAAGUUGGAGGAGGUAGCAGCGGAUGUGGUGGCGCUGACGCCUGAGGAGGCGGUAGCAGAGGUA